CAAUCAGAACGAAGGGGUGGGAUUAUACACUAAUCCUAACAAAAUGGCGACUGUUGUUGUUUUGCCGCAGGGUCACUGAUUAAAUCCGUUUAUCGUUUCUGCUCAUUUCUGCAGCCGUAGUUCAGAAACAUCGCUAAGAUACGUACCGGAAGGGUCAUCUCCGCCCGGGCUGAAAUGAAAGGCAAAGAGCGGUCGCCGAUCAAAAAACGGUCCCGGGCCCUGGAAGAUAUUCGAGACAGGGGAGGAUGUCAUCCGACCAGCAAGAAAAUGGGGGCUCUCUCCGUUUCCAGUGGGAGUAAUAAUGGGAACAGCUCGACAAAAGGCGACGGUGGCUCGACGAGACGGAGUCUGCUCGGUGAGAAAAGAGACAGAGACUUCGACGGCCACGGCCGGACUGGAAAUAACCACAGCUGUCAGUCUGCUGCGGUUAAAAACCACAGCCUGAGUCUGACGCUGGAUUUAGCCUCACCGAGGGGCGUCUCUUCGCGAGCGGAGCAGCGGAUCCAGCCGCCCAGCACCGAGAGUGAGUACAAAACACUGAAAAUCAGCGACCUCGGCUCCCAGCUGAGCGAUGAGGACAUAGAGGACGGACUGUUUCAUGAAUUCAAAAAAUUCGGCGACGUGAGCGUCAAGAUGAGCCGCUGCAGCGAUGGACGGAUAGCGUUUGUGAAUUUCAGAAAGCCGGAGGACGCCAGAGCGGCUAAACACGCCAGAGGCCGGUUGGUGCUGUACGACCGGCCGCUGAAGAUCGAGGCGGUCUACAUUAACAGGAGACGGAGCCGAUCUCCGGUGGAGAGGGACUUAUACGUGGCGGCUCAGAGUCACAGACAUCUGCAGAGACCCCUGUCGCCCACCGGGCUUGGAUACAGAGACUACCGCCUGCAGCAGUUGGCUCUGGGACAGUUGCCCCCUCCCCCGCCGCCCCCUUUGCCCAGAGAACUGGAGCGGGACCGUGAGUUUGCACUGUUUGAAGCCAGGGCGCGUCCUGCUUUCAUUGCAGAACGGGCAGCCUUCAGAGAAGAGGAUUUUAUCGCCCCUGAAGAUGACCAAAGAGCCAACAGGACGUUGUUUCUGGGCAACUUGGACAUAACUGUUGCAGAGGCGGACCUGAGGAGGGCUUUUGACAGGUUUGGGGUCAUCACAGAAGUGGAUAUAAAAAGACCCAUCAGAGGACAAACCAGUACGUAUGGAUUUUUGAAAUUUGAAAACCUUGACAUGGCUCAUCGUGCCAAGCUUAGUAUGUCUGGCAAAAUAGUGGGUCGCAACCCCAUAAAGAUAGGUUAUGGCAAACCCAUGCCCACCACACGCUUGUGGGUGGGGGGACUUGGACCCUGGGUGCCGCUACCUGGCCUAGCGAGAGAGUUUGAUCGUUUUGGGACAAUAAGGACCAUAGACUACAGAAAAGGGGACACUUGGGCCUACAUUCAGUAUGAAAGUUUAGAUGCUGCACAAGCAGCUUGGACACACAUGAGGGGCUUCCCUCUGGGAGGACCAGAGAGACGUCUCAGAGUGGACUUUGCAGACUCUGAGCAUCGCUACCCGCAGCAGUUCCUGCAGCCUCUACCUAUACCACCGUUUGACAUGGUGGCUGAGUCAUUUGUUCACCGUGCCACGCCUGAACCUCUUCGGGUCAGAGACCGGACUCCUCCGCCACUUCAUUUCAGGGACAGAGAGCUCUUCCCUGGAGCCGACUGGCCCAACCCAGCCCUCCGUGAACGUGUACGGGCCUCACCCUUUGAGCCUCUGGAACAUUUGGAACGGGAGCGGAGGGCACGGGAGCCUUGGUCUUUGGAACGUGAGCUGCAGGGACGAGAACCUGUACGCAAACGGCGUGCAGUCGAGGAGGGACGCCAUCUGGACCUCUCUCCUGACAGCACUGAGAGGACAGUAAGAAGGCGACGAGCCUCCCCAGAGGGGAGUCCUGGAGGCAGCAGUCGGGACGGAGGGCGCUUCAGUGAUUCAGAGCGCCCCAUGCGAGGUGAGAGAGCCUCUCCAGUAAGAGAAUGUCACAGCAGCCUGGAGAGGGGCGGGACAGAACGCCGGCUAAAAAGCCAGAGUCUCUCUGAUAAAGGACCAUCAAGUGGCGCUGUGGUAGCAGCUGCAGACCGCAAGCGAAAAGCUGUUGAUGGUGGCAAAGGGCCCGCCAAGAGAGAACGUUCUGAAAGCAGCUCCAAGGGAGGUCAACUGGCCAAGUCCGAUGGCACCAAACUCAGUCUAGCUUGGCAAGGCAUGCUGCUCCUGAAGAACAGCAACUUCCCAGCCAACAUGCACCUGCUGGAGGGUGACCACAGCGUAGCCAGCGACCUACUGAUCGACAGUGCAACGGGAAGGCAGGUGAGCGAGCUGAAGAUCACGCAGCGUCUCCGCCUGGACCAGCCCAAGCUUGACGAAGUAUCCCGCCGCAUCAAGGUGGCAGGUCCUGGCGGCUACGCCAUCCUGCUGGCCGUCCCUGGAACCACGGAGGAUACGUUGUCCGACUCUGCAGCCUCGACCCAGCGGCCGCUCCGCAACCUGGUGUCCUACCUCAACCAAAAACAAGCAGCCGGAGUCAUCAGCCUUCCCGUGGGGGGCAGCCGGGAUAAAGACAACGCAGGGGUCCUUCAUGCUUUCCCCCCCUGUGAUUUUUCCCAGCAGUUCUUGGAUUCAUCUGCCAAAGCCCUGGCAAAAAGCAAAGAGGACUAUCUGGUUAUGAUAGUGGUUCGUGGCGCAUCAUAAAAAGUGACCAUACACUAAAAUGAAGUGGAGUUUAGAAAAAAAAUCUGCUGUAUGUCAGUAAUUAUUGCAUGCUGUGUGUUCUGCAUCCUGGGGUACAGUAGUGUGCUUCUCCAGUGUUUGAAUGUUGCCAUAUAAUCCACUAAAAGGACAAACGGUGCCCUUCUGUAAAACAAAAAGGUCAUUUUUCUUUCUUUUUAACUACUUUUCAGUGGGUGUUUGAACCUGAUCACAAUCACAAACCUGCUGUAUUAUCAGACUUCUGGAAAAUGGUUAAAUAUGAGGCGAUAUUAUAGGAAUUCAAUCAGUUCAAAUCCCAUGACAUUUAUGAGCUUUUCGGUCAUACGGAGAUUUUAGUCUUUGGUUCAUUUACAGGUUUAAAGGGUUACAAAGAUUUUAGACAUGGAGUGAUUUUAUAAUAUACCGCUACCAUUACAAUUAAACUACAGCUUCAAAGCAAUGUUAGUUAAAUAUAUUUUAAAAAAACACCCAUAAUGGUCAACUUUGUUUUUUGGCUGCAGUGCUUAGUGUCAUCAGUUUGUACUGGUAUUAUUACAACAACUUCCCUCACUGGUUAUGUGCACAAGGCAUGACUUACAGUACGGUGAUGCGUUGCAUUUCUUAUUUUAGAUUUUCAAGCGUAGAAAUGAAGCUGAGCAGGAUUUUUUUUUUUUUCAAACUCAAGGUGUAAAGAAGAGGGGGAAAAAAAUACUAAUUGCACAGCUCUCCUCCAGUUGAUCACUUUCCAGUUAAAUUUACUACCUAAAAUAUUUAUAUCGCUUCUAGUAAAGUAGUUUAAUAAGUCUAAGUGGAGUGUGAUUUACUGAAGAAGCGCUGUGCAGUGUGUUUUAAUGGCGAAUAAAAGGUUUUGACUGGUUCAAAGGUGGAAAAUGAUGUGAAGGUCAGCGGUUGAAACAUUUCUUAAUACAGGUCAUACAUUUCAGUCUAUAAAGUCUCUGAAUUCAUACAUUUCUUCAGUGCUAUUGUUUAAACUUUAUUGCAUCUGUGUUAAAGGGAUAAUUAGAUUUAUCUUUGCAGUGAGGUUCUGUGAGGCUCUGACCUGUAAUAGAAAGAUUUCACAUCACAGUAAGUUUGUAGAAAAGUAAAAAGAAAAGUCCCCAAAUCUGUGAAGGCUAACAUUGAGUCAGAUGAGCCCCCUGUUUUAGCUGAGUUUAGCAAUUUCAAACAACUCGAACUUAAAAUGUUCAUAUUUGCUGGAUGUGGUAUAGCAGCAGGUAUAAAACCAUCUACACUUUCACAAGGGGGUUUGGAUAAGUUUAUCACCUUCUUUCUCAGCCAAACGCUUUAGCUGAUUGUAGCAGCUAAAGCGUUGAGGCUUUCUGACUUGUUAGCCUUUCACAACUCUAGGGAUUUUCUUGCUCACUGUGAUGGGAGAUUACAUACCACUACACUUAAAGGAGCUAUUACCGAUAAUAAGGUCACUGACCUUCACUUAUUCACAAAUUUCUGCAUUAUCCACAAAUUUAAGUGUAAAGAUCAGACUCUCAUGUCAAAUUUGUGUUUAACAUAGAAACCAGCCCACACCAUGAUACUAACGGAAAAUACUGCAACUUUCUUUUUUUAUUGACUUAAUUUGUUAUCUUUUUGUGCAACAUUAUUUUUGCUUGGAGAGGAUCUGGCAUUGCAUUAUAUAAAAACUGAAGUACUUAUGGACAAAAAGAAAAACGAAAGGUUAGACAGCUUCAUGUUUAUAGUUGAUGCCCUGGUUCUUUUAUUUCCCUGACCCAGUAACCCACACCUUCAUAGGAAUAAUCAAACCCAGUAAAUUGAUGGUAUAAAGGAAUAAACCUGCUAUCAGUACAGUUGGUUUUAACAGUGGUUUAACCGUUAAUAUGGAGUUUAAUUUUAGAAGUUUAAAUUACAGUAAUUCAUACCUGCCAAUAUUUUGUUCUUAGGUCUUCUUACAACUGUAUUGUUUAUUUGUAUUUAGUCAUGCAGUAGUGACUUACUCUGAAUAAUAAGUUGCUGAUUUUUGGUUCCAUAUGUAAUGAAAACGUUCAUGUUUGCUUGUACGCGCAGACAUCACACCCGCUGAAACUUUGGACUCUGGAAGACGCAGAGCUACUAACCUCUGUGGAAAAAAGGCACCGUUGUAUGUGUGAGUCCUCGCUGAUGAGGAAGCUUUUUAAGUUGUGUAGUCCAUCCAGCACCUGUGAUGACUUCUGUUUUAAGUGGAAAAAUUGAGCAAUGUACGCUUUGAUGUCAUGGGGAAAGGAAAAUCCGUAGUGCCCAUGCGAAGCUGUUCACGUAACUGCGAGUGCAUUUGGGCACUUAAUGUGACCGAUUAUCAAUAAAUUGUUCAUGUGAAGGGAAAA